UUUCAGUGAAAAAGAGACCUCCCAAGAAGGUGGAUGUUGUGGAAGUGAAGAAAGAACCGUCCACAAAAGAGGCUGAAGAAGCAGUAAGUCAGCCUAAAGAACCAGAAACGAGCACAGCCAUUUCAUCCUCAGGAGUUGAUGAUGGAGCUGAACAGGAACCAGUCGCUGACAGGACUGAAACCUCAGAUUGUGCAAGAAAGAUUAAGAAUACUGAAGAGAGAAACUGCUGUGGCAACAGCAGAAAGUAGUGAGGAAACCAUUUCAAAUCAACACUCUAAAAAAACAGAUACUUCUGUUGAGGAAAGCAAAGAGUUUGUUCUGCAGCAAAGUAAGAUACUGGAGAAGAAUAGACAGGAGUUGACACAGGAGGAAAGAGUGAAGGAACGAGAAGAUGCUGACAGUGAUGACAGUUGUGGUGAUAAAGAAAAUUCUUCAAAAGGAAUCAAACAUAUCAAAAAGGAAGUGACAUCUAAGAGUAAGUCAUUUAAACCAAGUAAGGGAAAGUUGUCCCAAGUUGGCCUAACUUCGCCAAAGAUUAAGCUGGGGAAGAAAAUAAAAGGGAAUGAAAUUGACAGCAAAGAAUCUAUUGAAAGUACAGAGAAGAAAAUUUUCCGUGAGAGGAAGGAGAAGUUUAGAAAAAAAUUGUCGAAAGGGUCUUUAGAGCCAAAGAGCAUGACCAUGUUUGACCUCAUUUUCUUCAAUCCUGCAGCUAAUCCAAUGCCAGGACGAUCUGACUCUCCAAAGAAAAGGCGGCGCCUCAAUAGUAAGUGUGAGACAGAGAGUGUGACUUCUGACAUCUUGGAAGAGCAGAAAGUUGAUGAUUUGGGCUUGGAUACAUCAGAACCUCCAGAAGAAAGCAGACCUAGCACUCCAGAAGUCCAGGUGUGUCACAUUAACCCCCAGGGUGAAAAUUGGUGCAAACGGACAGAUCAUCCUAGAUGAGACAAGCCUGAAGAUCCGAACGACAGCCGCCAAGAAUAGGGACGAGAUUCUGAGCAAAGCAGAGGUUGUGGAAGAAAGCAAUGACUCUAGCCACUAUGGGAAGUGGAGCAAGAAGAGGAAACGGUCCUCCCUGUGGACAAUGAAGGAGACGGCUAGAUUCUAUAAGGCCCUCUCCACCGUAGGUACUGACUUCUCCCUGAUGGAGACCUUGUUUGCCUGGAGGUCAAGGGCUGAGCUGAAGACAAAGUUCAAGAAGGAGGAGCGCAGCAACAGAGCAUUAGUUGAUAAGGCCCUCCAAGACUCCACCCAGUUUGACUUCUCCUUGUUUGAUAUCGAGUCUGAUUAUGACCCAGAAGAAGACAGAAAGGCAUGCAAAGAAGCUGAGCGAGAAGAGGCCAAGCGUAGACGGCUGGAAAUCAAACAAGAAGAGAAAGCACGGGCAAAGGAAGAAAAGGAGAAAAUUAAGGCACAUAAAUCAGAUUUAAGAAAAAAGAGAGAUCUACUGAAGAAAAACAAAAAGAAGAAAAGAGCAUCCCGUAUGAUGAUGGGAAUGACCCCAUCAGCGGUGACGAAGCGGAGGUAGAAGAGGCUCCUGCACCAGAUGGGGACAGUAACAACGGUGAAACAAGCAAAUUGCCUAAGAAGGAGGUGAAACCGCAAAAGAAACGGAAGAAGAGAGCUGUUGCCAAAAAGAAAACAGAGCAAAGCCCUCUGGAGAUUAGUGAGGUGACUGUCACAGUGGAAACAGUCAAGUACAACCAGCCAGCCAGUGCAGAAGAAUAUGUCUGUGAGAAAACUGUUGCAGAAGAUGCAGCUGAAGAUUCCACAGACCCCAUAGCAGUGGGCCAUAGUAGGUUUGCAACACAAGGAACAGAAACUGCAGAUGCAGAAGCUGAGCAGAAGGUGUGGCACUUCCCAGUAUCAGAUAUCCAGACUUUGGAAGAUGGAAAACAGGUUGUUGAAAUCCCAACUCCUGCUGGGCCCAAGAUUGUCCCUGUGCCCACACUUGCACCAGGGACCUCGAAUGUCAUUGUCAUGGCAACAGAUGCCCCGGAUUCUCCUGGUGAACACAUAUAUCAUGUAUACCUUGUGUCUCCUCUAGAGAAUGCAUAACUGCCUAUAUUUUUAAGGGAUAUUUUAUUGACAAGAGUGAUAAGUAUCUGAGUAUAAAUGUUUUAUUACUCA